AUGCAUCCCCGUGCUUCACGCCAAGGACAUUCUGUGGAGACUGCAGACUCAGAUGUUGCUGUGCGGGCAACGAACGACGACGCCCUUGAAUCAAAGUAUUGCGCGAUGCAUGCUGGGUAUUUCGAGGAUGCUUUCUUGGACGCUUUAGCUUCUCAUUUGUUGCGUGAUGACGUAGCGCCACCAUCUCGUCCGCCUCUAAUCAACCGCGGCACAGCAGCCCGCGUCGCCUUCAAGAGCGACUUGAUUCAUGCACUUCUUGGAGCAGCGUGGGCAAGUAGUGAAACUGUUCAGAUCGUUUCUCUAGGUGCAGGGUACGACUCCCUUCCUUUUUCCCUUUUUGAAAUGGGCCAAAGUAUGACGAAAAUGUCUUUGCACUAUGUAGAGCUUGAUUUCGCCCCCAUUGUCCAAGCCAAAGCUGCGGCUGUGGAGGCUCAGCUGGUUCUGCGAGGACUCUUCAGGGAUAUCAUGACCGACGGAGAAAGUCUUCAAGGCAUCGUAAAAGGGGGAACGCAAUCGCGUUACGUUUUAAGUGCGUUCGACUUGCGAGAUACACCUCGGAUUUCGGACGUACUUCGAGCUACGGGACUAAAGUGUAAUUGCCCCACCAUUAUUCUUGCAGAGAUUGUGUUGGUUUAUCUGGAUCCUGUCAUUUCCGAUGCCGUCAUCAGAGAAAUUGGGCAUUUUUUUACAAGAGAAAGAGCUUUUGUUAAUAUCGAACAUUCGCAUCCACAUGACUCUUUCGGCUUGCAAAUGGUAAAAAAUAUCGCGGCAAGAGGGAGUCCACUUUUGGGGAUCAGCAAAUAUCCGACAUUGGCCGCGCAGAAAAGUCGAUUCGUACGAGAAGGAUGGCCUUGCGUAGAGGCGUUGACAAUGCUGCAAGGCUUUCAGCGCAAGUUUUCCACUGAGGAAGCUCUUAAUCUCAAUAGAAUUGAGCAUCUCGAUGAGAUCGAGGAGUGGGACAUGCUCAUGGAACACUAUGGGAUCGUUAUUGCUAUUCGCUGGAGCGGUGAAGAUGAUAUCACAAUAUUAGAAGAUGUGCUAAAAGCUUCAUUUGGUCGUGCGGGUGAGACAUCUUCGACGAACAGAAAAGCAGCGAGUUGAUGAAAGCAGUGUGGCUCAUCUCCAGGAAAGAGUGAUGAAAGGGCGACCCUGAUGACAGAGAUUGUUUGAUGAGGGAUUGCUUAUCUCUUCGGUGAAGGACUCACCACUAGAGAAGCAGAACGUCGGGCCAUUCUCACCUCUCCUUGUAGGUGCCUUCUUUCGAAAAGGUAAGGCGUCACAUGUUUGACAUUCGUCGGUUGGCGACUCUUUCUAGUUCCGCAAUUGGGAUAGCAUAGGCGACACCUUCGAACCUACCGCUUUCACUGGCGAUAGCACAAACCAUUCCGAGCAACCGCCCUUCCGAGUCAAGCACGGGGGCGCCCGAAGCGCCACUAUUCACGGACGCGUCGAUCUGCACCAGGCCGGAGAGCGUGGGCCCACCUUCUUUCGGCGCAGGAGCGACUCGUCCCACCGCUGAGACCACGCCCGCUGUCAAAGACGGAGGUGAAUGUUCAGCUGCCGAUACAGCGAAAGCCAACUGACCUGGGCGUGCCGGACUCGGCGAACAUGGCAAGGGUGUCGGGAGUGCAUUGGCCGAGCGUAACACGGCGAUGUCAUGUGAUGCACAUGUGUGUGAAAUGGAGGUCGUCAAAACAGUGCCACAUGGUAGAGCCACUUGGGGGCGCUCGGUGCUUUGGAUGACAUGGAGGCACGUAAGGAGCGUGUGGCUGUCCCACACAAAGCAGGUGCCCGUGGAUGGUGGGGCUAGAACAGCCCCAACUGAUGGAGAGGUUUGAUUGUACAACGCAGCGGCUCGCUUCUCGCACUCGAGCACCAUAUGCUGCGGAUGCCAGAGACUUGGUCCAGCUAGCUACAGCACCCGAAUCCAGGGCUUUGGUGCGCUUGAGAAGGGUGAUGGCGUUGCGAGGUAAUGGUCAUGGCGGGCAGGGAUUCAUUGCCAACCAUUGUUUUAGUGUAAAGGAAAUACUGUAUGGCGCGAACAA